AUGCACAAGCACUUCACAGUCAGUCAACAAGACUCAAUUACAUUACGGGCACGCAACUAUGAGCUACAUGACCCGGCGUUGACCGAUCUUGGCUUCGGGACACAAUGUGACGAAUUGGCUAGCCAUCUUGAGCAUGAAGUUCCACUGGCUCGGGAAAUUGAUCUCAUUGUGGUGAGCCCCAUGAGACGGACUUUGCAAACAGCACAGCAAGGCCUGGGCUGGUUGAUGAAGGGCGGUGUUCCCGUUAUACUUCGACCUGAAUGGCAGGAGAACUCAGACAAGCCAUGUGAUACAGGAACGCCCAUAGAGAUAAUGGAGAAGGAGUGGCCACAAUUUGACUGGUCAGCUGUUGAUCCACUGUUUCCAGAAAAAUCUGGUCUGUAUGAGUUUUCAAAGGAUGCUCUGACAAGACGAGGACUUGCCGCUAGGAAAUGGUUACAGCAACGUCCAGAGAAGGUUAUUGCUGUAGUUUCUCAUUCGGCGUUUCUCCGGACUUGCGUCAGCUACAGGCAAUAUGAGAAUGCGGACUACCGAGUUUUCGAUUUUGCUGGUGGCGAUAGACAAGAAAACGCUGAGCUUGUGGAAAGGGAAGUCACCGAAUCCAAGGGCGGAGGGUUAGGGAAGAGCCCAAAGGGAACCUUUAGAAUGACCGAUGAUGAUUGUCCUAGUGAGAUUGAAAAGGUCAUUGGAGAAGCAACAACUGAGGUUCCAGAGUAG